AAUAAUAAUAAUUCCAGGUAACGUCAGUUCAAAAAUCCAAUUGGAAUCUCUCAUCUGUCAGUCAAAAUUGGAAUAUAAACGGAAAGUCUCUUUGUAGAUAUUUAAGGAAUCACUUUUUGCAAUUACUAAUUAUGAAGAAGGAAAACGAUCCUAAUGUUGAAGACAGAGUUGAAUGCCAAGGCUCUUAUGGUACAAUAAAGUAUAUAGGAGAAGUGGAUGGUCAUAGUGGAACUUGGUUAGGGGUGGAAUGGGAUGAUUCUGAUAGAGGUAAACAUGAUGGUAGUGUUAAAAAUAUUGAAUAUUUUAAAGCCAGAUCUGCAACAUCCGGAUCCUUUGUCAGACCAGAGAAGAUCGAGCUGGGACAAAGCAUCAUAUCAGCAAUCACCACUAGGUAUGGGCAGAAAGAUGAUGAAACUGAGGCUAAGCAUUUACAGCAGCAACUGUUGAGCACACAGCAGACAAUGAAUGCCCCAUUUCUGCAGCUGGUUGGUUUUGAUAAAAUCACUGAUAAGCAAAGGAAAUAUAAUGAGCUGCAUGUGAUUAAUGUGCGGAUGCAGAAAAUCAACCAUUUGGGGAAACCCAGGGAGGUGAUGGAGCUUUGCCCCAACAUCUGGGAAUUGGAUUUAUCAAAGAAUUUAAUUAAUUCUUGGUCUCUGAUUCUGCAGCUUUGCUCUGAGCUAAAGUCUUUGAAAAUACUUAACGUCAGUGAAAAUAUUUUAACUUAUCCAAUAGAAGAUGGUGAAGAAAGGUACGAAAGUGUCACAACGUUGAUUUGCGGAUCAAUGAAACUGAAUUGGGAAGGAUUGUUGAAGAUGACCAGGCAUUUCCCCAAUUUAGAAGAGUUCAUUGCACCGAAGAAUAAUGUAAUGAAUUUGGAUAUCGGUGAUUCGGAUUUGCAAAAGUUGAAGAUUUUGCAUAUAGAUCAGAACGAUAUUGGGUCGUGGUCGGAAAUCUGCAAAUUGGGACAUCUUCCCGAUCUGGAAUUGCUUAAUGUUGAAUCUACGGGAAUCAAAGAAAUCCGUUUUCCGGAAGAGGGCAAAUCGAAAUUGUUUAGAAAUUUGAAAAUGCUUUACCUAAAAGAGAAUUUUAUUAAUGAUUGGGAAUCAGUUGGUGAAUUGAAUAAGCUCGAGAAUUUGAUUGAUUUGAGGCUGAUCAAGAAUCCCAUCUUCGAGCAUAACACUUACGAUACUUGCGCUCAGUAUAUCAUCGCUAGGAUUGCUAAUUUAAUGGUUUUGGAUGGUCAAAUUAUCUCCGAAGAGAGAAAAGGCGCGGAAUACGAUUAUCUGAGAAUCAAUGGAAUCGAGUGGUUGAAGUUCAAAGAUGACGAUGAUACCCGAGCGGACUUCUUGAGACGCUUCAAUAGGUAUCAAGAAUUGGUGAAAAAAUAUGGAGAACUUGAAGAAUCUGAGCUGAAGGUUCAAUCGAACAUAAUCCAGGUAUCGUUGAUCAAUGUCAAUUUGGUGUAUGAGGACAGGGUGAUCUCCAAGAAGCUACCACCAACUAUACUCGUGCAAAAGCUUAUCAUGUUGACCCAAAAACUGUUCCAAUUGUCCGAAAGACCUACGUUAAUCUAUGAGAGCGCUUUGCAUGAUAAUAUCAAAAUUGAAUUGGCAGAUGAAUGCAAAGAAUUAGGCGUUUAUUCCAUUCAAAACGACGAUAGAAUCGUUGUCAGGGUGUGAUGAUUUAAACGAAACCGCGAAAUUUAAAAUUAAAUUUAAACAAAACUCUUCAUCUUCAUAACGCUUCAAGCUAUUAAUUUAUAUGCACAAUAAAAUUGUAAUUGUUAACGAA